CACAAGAGGAGAGAAAAGCGGCACGAGGAGAGAUGAUGGUCACAGGCGGCGUUAGUAGCCUUUAGCGUCUGCAGCCCCAGGACACGGACGGUGACCCGCGACCCGAGCAUGACUCGGUGCUGGAAGUGCUGUUGAGUUGGACUGAUUUUAACAGGCUAACACCGUUGCAUCCCUAUCCGUUUCCUCCUCCUCCUCCUCCUCCUCCUCACACUGACGUCCAUCCGCUGCUCACAGCCAAACAACUUUUUUGAUUGAACACUUUUCUCUGCACGGGGAAGCGUCUGCCUCUGGCUUUACCGGUAAGCAUUGGAUCCGUCAACUUACUGCGACUCCCCGGUGUACGGCCCGGAGCUCUGCCCGAACAUGAUCGCGACGCAGGCGAAGCUGGUUUACCAGCUCAACAAAUACCACAACGAGAGAUGCCAAGCUCGCAAAGCGGCCAUCGCGAAGACCAUACGGGAGGUUUGUAAAGUGGUGUCGGAUGUUCUGAAGGAGGUGGAGGUGCAGGAGCCGCGGUUCAUCAGCUCCCUCAGUGAGAUCGACGCGCGCUUCGAGGGGAUGGAGGUCAUCUCCCCCAAUGAGUUCGAGGUGGUGCUUUACCUCAACCAAAUGGGGGUGUUCAACUUCGUGGACGACGGCUCCUUGCCCGGCUGCGCGGUGCUGAAGCUGAGCGACGGCCGCAAAAGGAGCAUGUCGCUGUGGGUGGAGUUCAUCACCGCCUCGGGCUACCUGUCGGCCCGAAAGAUCCGCUCCAGGUUUCAGACUCUGGUGGCGCAGGCCGUGGACAAAUGGAGCUACCGCGACGUGGUAAAGAUGGUGGCGGACACCAGCGAGGUCAGGACUACGAUCAGGGAGAGGUACGUGGUGCAGAUCACCCCCGCGUUCAAGUGCACCGGGAUUUGGCCUCGGAGCGCUGCUCAGUGGCCCAUGCCCCACAUCCCGUGGCCCGGCCCGAACCGGGGUAGCAGAAGUCAAAGCCGAGGGUUUUUAACCUCCUCCUCCAAAGAGUGCUACUCGCUAACGGGGAAGCAGAGCUCCGCGGAUAGCGACGCCUGGGUUCUGCAGUUCAGCGAGGCCGAGAACCGGCUGCUAAUGGCCGGCUGCAGAAGAAGUGCCCUGUCCGUCCUGAAGACCUUGAGGGACCGGCACCUAGAGCUGCCGGGACAGCCGCUCCAAAACUACCACAUGAAGACCCUGCUGCUGUACGAGUGCGAGAAGCACCCGAGAGAGACCGACUGGGACGAGUCUUGCCUCGGAGACCGGCUGAACGGCAUCCUGCUGCAGCUCAUAUCCUGCCUGCAGUGCCGCAGAUGUCCCCACUACUUCUUGCCAAACUUGGACUUGUUUCAGGGAAAGCCUCACUCGGCCCUGGAGGCUGCGGCGAAGCAGACGUGGAGACUAGCGAGGGAAAUCCUCACCAACGCGAAAAGUUUGGACAAACUAUGAAGUGGUUGUCGAGGAGGUGAGCCGAAGAGAC